GUGAUGUCGGUGUGUGAUGAACUCUUGCUGUGCAACUUCCCUAAGUGCAGGGUAAAGUUAUCUGGCCGAGCCUGGGUCACAGCUUGUUCACAUAUAUUCUGUGACCAGCAUGGAAGUGGAGAAUUCAGCCGAUCUCCUGCCGUUUGCCCAGCCUGUAAUAGCACCCUGUCCAGUAAGCUGGAUAUUGUUCGAUCUGAGUUGAGCCCUUCAGAGGAACAAAAAGCCAUGAUGCUGGCUGGCCUACGUCCUGAGAUUGUUCUAGAUAUUUGUUCUCGUGCUUUAGCUUUCUGGACCUACCAGGUAUACCAGGAGCGGUUAUACCAGGAAUAUAAUUACAGCAAAGCAGAAGGACAUCUGAAACAGGUGGAAAAACUGUACACUCAUCAAAUACAAAGCAAGGAUGCCGAGAUGGCUGCCAUGAAAGGUGAAGUAAACUCUUUAAAGAAAAUCUUGGAGGAAUACAAAAGAAAAUACAGCGAACUCUCCGAAAAACUAAUGGAGCGCAAUAGGCAGUAUAAUAAGCUCCAGGGAAUGUACGAUGGACUAAGACUCCGCAACAUGGCCGCAGCUAACAGAGAGGUAUCUUCAAAUGGAGAUCGAGCUCAACAGGACCAGUUUAUGGGAAACAGGUUCCCAACUGCUAGAACACCUCCGUUAAGAUCAUGCGAUGCUGAUUUUCGACCUCAAACCUUCUUCUGUACUUCCCCUUUUGAUGAUUCUGGAAACGCCUCCUUUGGCUCUCCUGGAAAUAGGACAGGCCAACAAAACAUGGCUUCAUCCAGGGCUUUCAAAGUUAUGAGGAUGUAA